CCUGGCUGCUCUGCCCCGCGGCUUGUGCGCGCUUGUGGACCGCGCGGGCCUUCGGGAGAUCGAUGCAGGCCUGGGGCAGUCUCCUUUCUGGACUGAGAAGAGAAGAAUGGAGAAGAGCCCCUUCCCAUUAGUGCCUUUGCAUUGGUUUGGCUUUGGCUACACAGCACUGGUUGUUUCUGGUGGGAUCGUCGGCUAUGUAAAAACAGGCAGGGUGCCGUCCCUGGCUGCAGGGCUGCUUUUCGGCAGCCUAGCUGGCCUGGGUUCUUAUCAGAUGUCUCAGGAUCCAAGGAACGUUUGGGUUUUCCUAGCUGCUACAUCUGUUACUUUUGUUGGUGUCAUGGGAUUGAGAUCCUACUACUAUGGAAAAAUCAUGCCUGUAGGUUUAAUUGCAGGUGCCAGUUUGCUGAUGGCCGCCAAAAUUGGAGUUCCUAUGUUGAUGACAUCUGAUUAGCAGAAGUCAUGUUCCAGCUUGGACUCAUGAAGGAUUAAAAAUCUGCAUCUUCCACUAUUUUCAAUGUAUUAAGAGAAAUAAGUGCAGCAUUUUUGCAUUUGACAUUUUACCUAAAAAAAAAA